AUGAAAAUGAAAAAUCAAACCACAUUGACCAAAUUUAUCCUCCUGGGACUUUCCAGUGACCCACAGAUGCAGAUUUUCCUCUUCCUAGUGUUUUUAGUUAUUUACCUAAUCACUCUGGGGGGUAACAUAGUGAUCAUGGUGGUCAUAAGAGCAGAUUCUCAACUUCACAUCCCUAUGUACUUCUUCCUCUUUCAUUUAUCAUUUGUUGAUAUUUGUUAUUCCUCAGCCUCAGUGCCUAAUAUGCUAAUGAACUUCCUAGCAGAGCGCAAAACUAUUUCUGUCAAUGGCUGCAUUUCUCAGAUGUUCUUCAUGCUCCUCUCAGCUGCUGCUGAAGCUUUCAUUCUCUCAGCAAUGGCUUAUGACCGCUAUGCUGCCAUCUGUGACCCGUUGCAUUACAUGGAAAAAAUGAGCACAAGGAUCUGUGUUCAGCUGGUGAAUGGAGCAUGGGCAAUAGGCUUCUUCCAUGCCCUCCUAAACACUGUGUUUGCCCUCAAGUUGCAUUUUUGUGGACCCAGUCAAAUCAGCCAUUUCAGCUGUGAGCUCCCUCCCCUAUUACGACUGUCCUGCACUGAAACCCUCACCAAUCAAGUCGUGCUUUAUACUUCUGUUCUGACAUUUGCCUCAAUCUCCUUCCUUCUCACGCUGAUCUCCUACAUUCACAUCAUCUCCACCGUCCUGAGGAUACACUCUGCGGAGGGCAGGCGUAAAGCCUUCUCCACCUGCAGCUCCCACCUUAUUGUGGUUGGCUUGCUGUACCUGACAGCUUUUCUCCAGUACACAAAACCCAGCUCAGUCUCUUCUGUAGUGCCAGAUGAAAUAUUUUCCAUCCAGUACAGUGUCUUGACCCCCAUGUUAAACCCCAUCAUCUACAGCCUGAAAAACAAGGAGGUGAAAACAGCUCUAAGGAAAAUGUUGGGAAAAUUAAAGUUUCUCAAUUAA